AUGAUCGAGCGUUGGCUCUCAUCACCCGGUGAAAGGACGAACAGCAUGAUCAAGGAUACCAGUACAUUGGCGCUCAAUGUCAUAUCUUCAGUCGCUUUCGAGAAUACGGAAGUUAAUGAACUGACACCAGGUCACCAACUGUCACUUCGCGAUGCACUAGUGACGGUUAUGAGUACUCCAACCUCACCGGCUAUAGCGGGUAUCAUGCCGCUCUUCAAAUUUCCCGUAUUCGAAUCGCUGCUUCCAACUAAUAUUAAGAGACUGCUACUCGCCAUGCGUGAGUUCCGGCAGUACAUGGACGAAACCGUCGUGAAAGAGCGAUCAAAAGUGGCCAGCGGGCAAUCCAAAUCUGCUACACUCAUCAGCACGCUCACCAGGGCAAACGACGAAGCCAAAUCUGGAAGCGGAGUGUCCAAGUCCAAACUCUCGGAUGUUGAGAUCAGAGGCAAUAUCUUCAUAUUCGCGGUUGGUGGACUGGAGUCUACGUCUAUCACGCUAUCAUAUGCAUUGGCUUUACUGGCUGUGUAUCCUGAGAUCCAAGACUGGGUAGCGGAAGAGCUCGAUGAAGUUCUGAAAGACGAAGCAACUGAUGACCCGGAGUAUGCAAGAGUAUUCCCACGACUGAAGAGGGUAAUGGCUGUCAUGGUACGUCCUCGUUCUUCAUAA